AUGUCGAUUGUUCCUCAUGAGCCUACGGGCUUUUCCAAGUCGAACCUGCAGCUUGGCAAGACUUGCUCGAGGGAUGAUGCAGAUCUUGGUGGUCGUUCAGCCCACCUGGUCCGGCCUGACCGGGUAGGCCCAGACGGCCGGGUACGACCUGGAGACCGUCAGCCGAUGAAUUUGGUUGGUGAUGUCAUGCUACCCCUUUGCAAUAUCUCCCUGUUGGGCGGAACUGAGGGUUCGAGAUGGAAGUAUGAUGGGAUGAGGUCGGUGUUGGUGCCAGUGGGGCCAAGUGAAGAGGAGGUGACCAUGGACCCCGAGAAGGGCCCGAUGGUGAUGCAGUUGGAUGGGACCAUGACGCACCUUCAGAAGGUUCGCGGCACUGCUGGUGCGGGGCAGGUGUGGGAAAAGCUUUGGCCACAGAUGACGGCCACAGAGCAAACCUGUGCACUAUGCCCUAUCGCCAGCACGCACGGCAGCCGUGGCAUGGUGCGGAUCGAUGCGUAUCGUCCCAAUAGGUGCGCCUGCGACGACAAGGCGCGCCAGGACAUGGCCUGGGGAGCCUUGCAUGCGCGGGAGAUCUUCACAGUGACCAGUGCUCGGAAAGAGGUGGAAUGCCUUCGUCAGAAGGUGGCCGCUGCCACCUUGGCGAUGCACCGCGACACUCACCCCAAGCUGGAUGCCAUCAACAGCGAGCGUCACGCCAUCCUCAAGACGGUGAAAGAACAGGUCCAAGAGGCUCAACGGAUCUUGGAGGAGUUCGCCACCUGGGCCAGUCGGGUGGAAUCCUCUUUGGUCCUUUUCGCCACAUCGAAGCCCUGUUGGUGUGCUCUGGCCGCAGCCGAACCCAGUGCGUUGAUUGAAGAGGCCACCAGGUUGAGGCAGGUCUUCAACAAAAUCAUCCAAGCCACCAAGAAGAAGGUGCCAGUGCCUUCCAAAGAGGCCGGCCCAAAACGCCGGCCCAAGAGCGCGUCGCAGGCGACCAACUCUGGAAGCAAGGAGGAGGAGGAGGGCCGCAGGGGCUCCUUUUGA